CCAACCCCUCUUUUCACUCAGUUCAUACCGGCAUGCACGCUUGCUGCAGCGGACUUUGGUCGAGGGGAAUGCGUUAAGAGUCUGACGAGAGCUGCAAAUAAAUUUGCAAACGCUAAAACGCUUUAAACAGCUGUCAGGGAAGUUUUCGCAGACACCACAAUGGCUGGACUCAAGUACAUGAGCGGUUUUGGGAAUGAGUUCUCCUCUGAAGACCCUCGCUGUCCCGGAUCAUUACCUGAAGGACAGAACAGUCCUCAGGUCUGUCCCUAUGGCCUCUAUGCCGAGCAGCUCUCCGGCUCUGCUUUCACCUGCCCACGACCAAGCAAUAAGAGGAGCUGGUUGUACCGCAUCCUCCCGUCGGUCAAGCACAAGCCUUUUACUGCAGUGCCAUGUGGGAAUCUAACAGAGAACUGGAAUGAAGUGGAGCCUGAUCCAAACCAGCUGCGAUGGAUGCCGUUUACCAUUCCGAAACCUACAGAGAAGAAAGUGGACUUUGUGGCUGGUCUGCACACUGUCUGUGGUGCUGGAGAUGCCAGAUCUCGCAAUGGUAUUGGCAUCCACGUGUACACCUGCAACACUUCCAUGGUUGACAGGUGCUUCAACAACUCAGAUGGAGACUUUCUGAUUGUCCCCCAGCAGGGUGAGAUCUUGAUCACUACAGAGUUUGGGAAGAUGAUGGUUGAGCCGAACGAGAUCUGUGUCAUCCAGCAAGGGAUGCGCUUCAGUGUGGAUGUAUUUGGAGAAACCAGAGGCUAUGUACUGGAGGUGUAUGGAGCCCACUUUGAACUCCCUGACCUGGGACCCAUAGGAGCCAAUGGUCUGGCCAACCCAAGAGAUUUCUUGUGCCCCGUUGCCUGGUACGAGGAUCGCAAAGUGGCCACAGGUUAUACUGUGAUCAACAAAUACCAAGGGAAGCUCUUCGCCUGCCAACAGGAUUUUUCACCGUUCAAUGUGGUUGCCUGGCAUGGGAACUACACACCUUAUAAAUACAACCUGAAGAACUUCAUGGUUAUCAACUGUGUGGCAUUCGACCAUGCGGAUCCAUCUAUCUUUACUGUGCUGACUGCCAAAUCCACAAGACCGGGUGUGGCCAUUGCUGACUUCGUCAUCUUCCCCCCACGGUGGGGUGUGGCUGACCACACCUUCCGUCCACCGUACUAUCACCGCAACUGCAUGAGCGAAUUCAUGGGUCUGAUCAAAGGCCACUAUGAGGCCAAAGAGGAGGGUUUCCAGCCGGGAGGGGCCAGCCUCCACAGCAUGAUGACCCCACACGGUCCGGAUGCUGACUGCUUCGAGAAGAACAGCACCGCUGAGCUAAAACCUGAGAGGGUGGCUGAGGGCACCAUGGCUUUUAUGUUUGAGUCAUCCUUCAGUAUGGCAGUGACCAAGUGGGGUCUACAGACAUGUCAGAGGCUUGACAAGAGCUACUACCAAUGCUGGGAACCUCUCCGCAGCCACUUUAACCCCAACUGGAAGCCCAGCAAAAAGUAGUAAGGAAAGAAAGGUGACUCAGAAGGAAUUUUUACCAAAUACAGUUGUUAUAUGAAAAUAAAAAUCCUAGUUUUGCCUUUCUUAUAUGUAACUACCAGCAAUCCAUUUUUGGGGGGCAUUUUCAGUUUUCUUCUUCUUACAAAUAAAACGACAUACUUGUGAAAAAUAAAUGGCAACACUUUUCAGUUCAAACAAUCAUAAGUUUUGCUGAUACAGUGGUAUUGGCUAAUGUUAACAAACCUAUAGCUAUACUGAGUACACCCCUGAGCAAUAUCAAUAAAAUUAG